AUGGCGUCGCUCAUCCUCCAUUCCCAGACAAGCUCGAUCGAGAUCUGUAACACGGUGGAAAUACCCAGACACGAGCAAGUUUCAGAAUGGUCUGGCAGUGGCAGGCUUGCCAAUCAACGCCCAGACGCACCGGCCGUCCCUCGGGAAAUUACCCACCGCAACGGCAGCGCCGCUAAGAAACUUGGCUUCGAGUCUGGUCCAUUCGGGUCUCCAUUCUUGCCAGCCCGUCAAUCUGGGAUUGAUUAA